AUGUCGACAAAAACAGCAAGGUCGAGCCUAGAGAACAAUAAUGAGACAGGAAGAGCUAAACGGGUAAAACCGUCGCCCAAAACCAAUCCCGUUAAUGAAGAAACUCAAUUGUCUGAGUGCUUCAAAAAAGUAUCUACAUCACUUUAUGUCUCACUUUCACCCUUGUUUGUAAAUAAUGCUGUUAACGGGAUCAAACAGCAACACCUUGAUCCCCUUGUAAUGACCUAUUACCCUAAGGUCAAGGGUGUAAUAAUAGCUUAUUCAAAUAUUAGACUAAUGACACAAUACGACUCGGAGAAACAAGCUUACAUAGCCAAGGUAGAAGGAUCUUCCCCAUUUACUUUCUUUUGGGUCCAUGUUGAUUUUCUUGUCUGGAGUCCUUGCAUAGGCGAUGUUUUAGAAGGUGAUAUUUACAUGCAAACUCCGUCACACAUUGGUUUGUUGAUAUGUGAUGUGUUCAAUGCCUCUAUAAAGAAGUACAAUAUCCCCCAAGACUGGGAAUUCAAACCUGUGCAACAAGAUGAAUAUACGAGUGGCGGAGAAGAAAGCGAUAAGAAGAUUGGGCAUUGGAUGGAUAAAGACGGGAAUAAAAUAGAUAACACCAAAUUGAAAUUCACAGUUAAGGCAGUUUACACCACAAGUAGAGUAAUUCACAUUGAAGGAACUUUGAUCAAGCCCGACGAGGAAAGGCUUUCGCAACCUUUUUAUAAUAAAGAAAGCAAGCCCAAGGCAAGUUUGGGUAAGCAUAAGAAGUUUGACAAGGAAGACGGCGAGAAUGAACUAGAAAAUGAACAAGAAAAUGUGAUUGAGAUAGAAGAACCCAAGAAAGAUGAUAUUUUGCCUAGUUAUCUAAAUGAUACCGAUACUAAUGAAGAUGAAGACUACAAAGUGGUAAAUAAUUCAGAUUUCGUUGAGGACAAAGUAGAGUCCGAUUGA